AUGACAUCUCUUCAAAUCCACAAACCACAUCAACCAGAAUUAGUUCAACAUGAUUCAUCUAUUCUCGAUCUUGCAUUUGCAAUUGACUGUACGGGUUCAAUGGGACCUUACAUAGAUCAGACUUUUGUUACACGUGUACAUGAUUUUACUAGCAAAGUAGAUGAAAUGAAAGAUUGGCUGAAAAAUUGUGAAGCUGAUGGCGGUGGUGAUAUACCAGAGGCAGUUGCUGAUGCCCUUGAUGCAGUGCUCAAACUAUCAUGGCGUAUUAAAUAA